AUGUCAGUAACGCUCCAUACCACCCAUGGCGAUCUCAAAGUAGAAGUAUUCCACGAAGCAACACCAAAGACUGCAGAGAACUUCCUCGCCCUCUGCGCUGCAGGCGCAUACAACAACACCCCCUUCCACCGCUUAAUCCCCACCUUCAUGAUCCAGGGCGGCGACAUCUCCCUCUCCAAAACAGACAAACCAGCCUCCCCCCUCCCCUUCGAGAUCCCCAAGGGUGGCACAUCAAUCUACCAUCCCGCCCCUCUCGCCCAUGAAAUCCACCUCCCCACCAUCCGCCACAAUACCCGCGGCAUGCUAAGCAUGGCUAGCAAAUCGCUAAAGACCCAAUCUGCCUCUGGAGCUGUGGAGACGACGGAAGUGAAUGGGAGCCAGUUCUUCAUUACGUUUGCGCCGGCGCCUCAUCUGGAUGGGAAGAGUACCGUGUUUGGUAAAGUGUUGGCUGCCGGGGAGGGGGAGCCAGGCGGGGUGGUGCUGGAGAGGUUGGAGAAAGCUAAGGUGAAGAUUGAUAAGAAGGGGAGGGUUGUGCAGCCUGCUUCGUUGUCGGAGCAGGAGGUGAAGGAGAACGGGUGGGAGGCUGUGGGGAUUGAGAGGGUGACGAUCCAUGCGAAUCCGUUUGCGGUGUGA